GCAAAGAACUAGUGAGAUUAAGUGCAUCAAAGCCAAAAUGCCUAUCUUUAAGUCGGUGAGGUUGCAUGAAACAGAGAAAGAUGAAGAUCCCUUUCGCUCUGCAGCAGAGCCGGAAAUGGAUAUAAAAGCUUCGGCAUUCAUUGCAGCCUACCGAAAAAGAGUUACUGAAGAAACACAAGCUAGGGCUGUGAAGGACAAGGAAGAAGGAGAAGCAGAGGAAGAAAGACGAGCUAGGACUGAGAAGGACAGACGAGCAAAGGAAGAAAGAGAAGCAGAGGAAGAAAGACGAGCUAGGGCUGACAAGGACAAACGAGCCAAAGAAGAAAGAGAAGCAGAGGAAGAAAGACAAGCUAGGGCAAAUAGAGAAGAAUAUAAAGUAGUACUAACAAAUGAAGACGAGGAUAUAUUAUAUAUGGCUAUAUGUGCUAAUAACUGGAAUAGUGCAAAAGCAUUCUUGGAUGAAAACCCUAGUGCCUUGACUGCAAAAAUCACUCCUUCAGGAAAAACAGCACUUCACGUGGCAGUACUGUUUGGGCACGUGACCAUAGUUGAGGAGUUACUCAAAUUAGUGCCUCCAAAAUUCCUUGAAACUGCCGAUGACUUUGGCAACACGCCUCUUGUAAUUGCUACAAUCACUGGAAUUACUCAGGUCGCAGAAUUCCUAGUGAAUAAGAACGACAGCAUACUUGGCAUUGCAAACUCAACCGAUGAACUUCCUCUCACACUAGCUUUUCUGAAUGGUCAUCAACAAAUGGGACGUUAUCUUUAUUCUGUCACUCCUUUCAAGUUCCUACACCCACAGAAUAGCACUUUGCAAGGUCCUAUGCUACUUCAUUGUUGUUUGCAAACACAAUGCUUCGAUAUUGCUUUGCAUUUGCUCAAAAAAUGCCAAGAAUUGCUUUUCGUGUCUGAUAAAGAGGGUUGGAAGCCAAUUUAUGGCAUAGCAACCAUGAACUCUGCACUCACCAGCCCAAGUGAUCUUGUGUUUUGGAAACAAUUGGUCUUUCACUAUAUAGAUAUAAAUUCAACUCCAAGUUCAAAUCGUGAUCGUUUACCUACCCGACAACAAGACACAAGUGGAAGUGCUCAUGUAGGAAAUCUUACAAGGCCAGGACAUCGUUUACUACAACAACUCAUCUCCUUCACCUAUUAUCUUAUAGGAAUUAAGAAACUACAGGAGCUGAAGUCGCUGCAUGCACAGGCUGAUGAAAUUCUUCGCUUAGUUUGUAAGAAUGCAAGCAAAAGGGACCAAGUUAGUGUUUUUGCAGAUGCUCUGUUCCUUGCAGCUAAAGAAGGGAAUGUUAAGUUUGUGGUUCAAAUAUCACAAGCAAAUCCUGAUCUUCUACUUAUUGGAGACAGCUCAUACCAAAAUAUGUUCUGCUAUGCUGUCAAGCAUCGACAAGCUGGGGUUUUCAGCCUUAUCCAUGGUCUUCGCUUUAAGGAUGUAAUUGUAUCAAGCAAAGAUAAAAAUGGAAAUACCUUGUUACAUCUGGCAGCUGCUCAAGCUCCUGUUCAUGUUCUUAAACGGAUCUAUGGACCCACAUUACAAAUGCAAAGAGAAUUGCAAUGGUUUAAGGAGGUGGAGGGUUUAAUACCUCCUACUAUUAGAGGAGCUCGAAACAAGGACGGCAUGUCGGCUGAAGAAUUAUUUAGAAAAAGUCACAAAUAUUUAAUGAAGCAUGGAGAGGAGUGGAUCAAAGCCACAUCAUCUUCUUGUUCUGUUGUUGGUGGCCUAAUUGUUACAAUUAUGUUCGCCGUAGCUUUUACAGUGCCAGGAGGAAAUGAUCAAACUUUUGGGUACCCAUUAUUCAUCAAACAACAGUUCUUUAAGGUUUUUCUAUUCUCAACCAUAUUAUCACUCCUCUCUUCCUCCACGUCCGUUCUCAUGUUUCUAGCAAUCCUUACCUCUCACUACUCGGAAGAAAAAUUCCUUAAAUCCAUACCCACAAAGUUGAUGCUUGGUCUUUCUUCACUUUUCAUCUCCAUCUUAAGCAUGAUGAUAGCCUUUCUUUCUACCAUUCGUCUCAUGCUCAAGCACACAAAUUAUUCAUGGGGUCUCCUUCCUAUUAUUAUACUGGCAAGUGUUCCUGUUUUUCUCUUUGUUCUUUCACAAUUCCCUCUUCUUCUUCACACUGCUUUUUGUACUUAUGGGAAUAUCUUUAAUAAGAAAGUGGGAAUGUGGCCAUGAAAUGUAUAUACAUGGAAGUGAUCAUCGAUGGCAUAGUGAUAAGAAUAUAUUAGCUUUGGGGUAAUUUACAAUUUAUCUUCCAUCAUCUAUUUAUAUAUAAUUCAAUUGUUCAUUAUUUAUAACUUGCUUUGCAUGGUGCU